AUGAAACAGCCGCCAGGCUUCCUCAACGCCCAACAUCCAAAUCAUGUAUGCCGGCUGAAAAAGGCACUCUACGGCCUCAAACAAUCUCCACAAGAAUGGUUCGCAACGCUCUCCGGACAUCUCCUCACUCUUGGUUUCAAGCUAAGUUCCUCCGACACAUCAUUAUUUAUCUAUCAUAACCAUAACAUAAUCAUGUAUUUCUUAGUCUACGUUGACGAUAUUAUUCUUACAGGAAACUCCCCAACCGCAAUCAACAACUUCAUCAACAAUCUCAACACCAAAUUCCCCAUGAAAGAUCUUAUUGGCACUAUAUCCCAAUUCCUCGACAUACAAGUUGUCCAUAAACCUUACAGAAUGCACCUAAAUCAAAGCCGAUUUGCUCAAACUAUCUUAUCCCGAGCAGGUAUGACUAAUUGUAAACCCGUCUCCACACCGUUUAAACUGAAAUCUUCCAUUACACAUACUAACUCUAAUGCAUUUUCAAACCCGUCUCUCUAUCGCCAACUCGCCGACUCACUUCAAUAUUUGACGCUCACGAGACCAGAUCUCUCAUUCGAUGUCAACAAAGUGUGCCAACACAUGCAAAAUUCAACCAUCGCACACUUCGACGCUCUAAAACGCAUAUUGCGGAACCUUCAAGGAACAAUUCACACCGGUCUCCCUCUCUUCCGAGACAAGCCUUUCCUCCGGUCAUUCGCCGACUCAGAUUGGGCCGGCGACGACACUGACAGAAAGUCUACCUCGGGUUUCUGCAAUUAUCUCGGCUCAUCACUCAUUUCUUGGACAGUCAAGAAAUAA